AUGGUUUCUCCCAAGAUCUUUGCUUCUUCCGACAUUGCAUGCAAAUAUGUUGCUGAUACUAUUAUAACCAAAAUCAACCAAUUCCAACCUACUGCUGAUAAGCCAUUUGUUCUGGGACUUCCUACUGGUUCGUCUCCUGAACCUGUCUACAAGUAUAUUAGAGAAGCUUAUAGUCAAGGAAAGGUCAGUUUCAAGCAUGUCGUCACAUUCAACAUGGACGAGUAUGUUGGACUAGGUAUUGAGUCGGAUCAGUCUUAUCACUACUUCAUGUACAAGCACCUUUUCAACCACAUUGAUAUUCCAAAGGAAAAUAUCAACAUCCUUAAUGGUCACACUGAUAACAUUGAAGCCGAAUGUGCUAGAUAUGAACAAAAGAUCAAGGAUAUUGGUGGUAUUCACCUGUUCUUGGGUGGAAUCGGUCCUAAUGGUCACAUUGCUUUCAACGAGGCCGGUUCUUCGGCUGAUAGUGUCACUCGUCAGAUCUCACUUGCUGACAGUACUAUCAAGGCCAAUUCUAGAUUCUUUGCUAGUCCCGAACUUGUUCCUCGAUCUGCUCUUACAGUUGGUAUUGCUACUGUAUUGGCUUCUGAAGAGGUUAUUAUUCUUGCAUUUGGACCUGCCAAGGCUAAGGCUGUCAAGCAUUCUCUUGUUGACGAGAUUUCAAGUUCUUGUCCCGGCAGUUUUAUGAGAUUGCACAAGCACUGUGAGUUUGUCAUGGAUGAGAGUGCUGCUUCUGAAUACACUCGUAGAUCAGAAACUGAGACCAGACUAUGA